AAAAGAAUGACGCUAUUGGGACGAUCGGAUGUCCUGCGCACAGUUCUAUUUUUCUGCCAUGAAGGGUUGGUCGGCUCUUUUGCUGUUGGCAGGAAUUUUUGUGCAGAAUGUGAUCGCUGCUGAAAAUAAUGAUGCUGCCGGGGGUGCUAACAAAUUUGUUCAGGUCAAGAACUGGGUCCGUGCCUCGAAGCCGGUUUUGAAAAAGUACGAGGAGCCCAAACCAAACCGAACAAGCAAAGCGUCCAUUUCUGCGUUCAUCAUCAACGGCCGGAAAGCAAAAGCGAAGGAAUUUCCCAGCCAGGUCGCGAUUGUGAUGGACUCAGAAAACUUUUGCGGCGGAUCACUCAUAACUGAAUACCACGUUCUAACAGCUGCCCAUUGCAUUGAACCAUUCUCAAAAUUUGAGGUGCGUUUGGGGGCUCUCAAUCGUGAGAAAGGUGAAGAUCACAUUUUCACCGAAGAUGCCAUUUAUCACGAGAAAUACGACCCAAAAGAGCUGAACAAUGACAUUGGCAUUCUAUACCUGCCAAAAACUGUGAAAUUUACUUCGGCUGUUAAGAAAACAGCAAUCGCCACAAUGUCCCAGACAAACAGACUGUUGCAAAAAGGAAUGCAAAUCAUCGCGACCGGCUGGGGAAAGGAUUCCGACAGAUCUGAAUCAAUAGUUAGUAUUUUGAAGACAAGCAAUUUGAGAGUGCUGAAUGGCAUGGACUGCAUAUUAACUUACGGCCGAGCAAGUUUUAAUGCUUCGUCUAAAAUUUGCGCCAUCGGAAUCAAUGGAGGAUCCACCUGCCAGGGGGACAGUGGUGGUCCCAUCAGUGUGAAAGAGAACAACGUGAUGUUCCAAGUGGGAAUCAUCUCAUUCGGAUCUACUUUGGGUUGCGAGGCGCGCCAGCCAGAAGUUAUUACCAAAGUGGCCAGUUACAGAAGCUGGAUCAUAACCAACACUGGAAUAGAAAUUUGAUUUUUUUAUUACAUUAAAAAUCGGCGUCAGUCUCAAAUGUUUUCUUCUCCUCAAAAUUCUGUUAACAAAAAUCUGUAUCAGAAAUAUCUACAAUUUUUUUCAGAAUAUUUUUCUAUUAUUUUUAUUAAUUAAUCAAAUUAUUGAUAUUUUUGCUUUAUUCUGAUGCACUGUUCUUCACUCGUGAAAGGGUCAAGCCAGACUGUUUGGAGACGGCCAAAUAUUGUGCGUGUCUUUGAUGACAAAGGUCCACCACGAGGGAUUUUCGUCACAAAAGUUGCCGUUAUGGGAUUACAUUGUCAUCGAUUUUUACGAUGAUUUUUCCGGUCGGGGUCUCAUUGUGACCCUUGCAGGGUGGGCACGCGCCUAGCUCCUUUUUUCUUCGCGGAGACACAAAAAGAUCGAAUGCAAGAGAAAAGAGCAGGUCCGAGCGAGCGAGCGGACGGUCUGUGCUGGGUGAAAAGGGACCCGACACGUGGUGGGUUCAACCGGGUUGUUCAGUGGACCCGCCGACCGGAUUCAUGAAUGGGAGCAGAUGAAAAGAAAAGUGUAGUGAAGAAAAAAGCGGGACAUGCCACUGACCCUUUUAAAUGCAGGUGACACCACAAUAAUAAAAAGUAUAAACA